AUGAAGAGUCUUUUCUCGCUUGCUGUAAUCCUCGGGGUUGGUCUUGUAUUGGCCCAAGAACCUCCACUCCCGCCGCCACCGGGACCAGAACCCCCAGGACCAGAACCCCCAGGACCAGAACCUCCGGGGCCAGAACCCCCAGGGCCACAACCACCAGGAGGAAAACAUCCGAAAGACGUGAGUAUUAACUUUUCCCUUUUUCUCAAAAAAGAAACUGAGUGCGGCAUGCAGUGCUCACGUACAAGAAAAGGUACAGUGUUGAGACGUCCGAGCUGAAAGCAAUCACCACCUCCUUUGAUCAAAGAUAUUUUCAGUUGAGGGUCGAAAUAAAUCCAGGAAUAUAUUUGUUUCAAAACAAUCACUUCAGCUCUCGCUGACUUUUUGUAAUAUUGUUCUUUGAUCUCAUUGGUUAGGUUGAUUACCGUGGUUAGUUCAAUCGAAAUGUGUCCUAAUCAGAUCGACGAUAAAAUACGUAAACCCUACAAUUUAAAACGAGGAGACCUAUGUUUUAACUGCAGCAUUUCUUUGUGAUUAGAUUUGUUUGGAUGAGUGGAACGCAUGCGUGGAGUCCGGGGAAGGUUUUGGUUGCUUACCAAAAUACUAUGAGUGCCUAAAUGCCUACACAGUAAGUAAAGCAUUUACAAUUAAUUAAAAUUUAUAUAUCUUUGACUACAAUUUAUAACUCUUUACGACAUGUACAGAAGUGGCAGCUUUCAUUAACAACAACCUAAGAGACGAUCAUUGCGAAAGGAAUUUUCAAGAGGCGCUUUCAUGCAGUAUUUAUGUUAGAUUGGUUUAUCGCACGUCCCAUUUAUUCCUCCUUCGAAAACAUGGCAACGGUUUCCAGAGACAUGGGAAGGGGAACUUAUCAAGGACAGUCUUCGUUAAAUUUUCUUCUCUUGAUUUUGGACCACUAACACGUACUUCACCGUUUCACUUUAUUUAAUUUAUUUUGCAGAGGAUAUGCAGGAAAAAGUUCAGAAACCAGGGAUGUUAUGAAGCACUCGGGAAAGAAGAGUGUUGGAAGAAGCUUAAAAUAUGCUAUGGGCAUAAGCCUGAAUGA